CGGCUUUGUUACUUAGAUUGAGCAAUUGCGAUGGACAGCUUACCUACUUCGACGAAAUCCGAGAGGAGGUCGAGAUCGAAGCCUCUGCAGACAUCCAAACCUUCGCUUGUCAUGGCUUUCUUCUCUUGCGUUGCUUGGCUCUACGUUGCCGGCCGGCUGUGGCAAGAUGCUGAGAACAGAACAUUACUUACAAGUCUUCUUAAGAAGAAUUCAGAGCAGAGACCCAAGGUUCUUACAGUUGAAGAUAAGUUAAUGUUCCUUGGAUGCAAAGACCUGGAGAGAAGGAUUGUGGAAGCUGAGAUGGAUUUGACAUUGGCCAAGAGUCAAGGGUAUCUAAGGAACCAGUUGCAGCAAAGCGAUUCUUCUUCAGGAAAAAAGCUUCUUGCUGUUAUAGGGGUUUAUACUGGAUUUGGUAGUCGUUUGAAGCGAAAUAUGUUUAGAGGAACUUGGAUGCCCAGAGAUGAUGCUUUGAGAAAACUUGAGGAAAGAGGAGUGGUCAUACGUUUUGUUAUUGGUCGAAGUGCCAAUCGUGGUGAUAGCUUGGAUCGGAAUAUUGAUGAGGAAAAUCGCACAACAAAGGACUUCUUGAUUCUUGAAAAUCAUGAGGAAGCUCAAGAAGAGUUUCCUAAGAAAGCAAAGUACUUCUUCAGCACUGCAGUUCAAAUGUGGGAUGCAGAGUUUUAUGUAAAGGUUGAGGACAAUAUUGAUCUUGAUCUAGAGGGACUGAUUGGACUUCUUGAUCGUAGUCGUGGUCAAGAUGGUGCUUAUAUUGGAUGCAUGAAGUCAGGAGAUGUCGUAACAGAAGAGGGACAGCAAUGGUAUGAACCUGAUUGGUGGAAAUUCGGGGAUGGGAAAUCGUACUUCCGACAUGCAUCUACUGCAGUUAUUGUGCUCUCCAAAAAUUUAGCUCAGUAUAUCAACAUAAACAGUGCAUCUCUGAAGACUUAUGCACAUGAUGAUACAUCAGUGGGUUCCUGGAUGAUGGGUGUCCGAGCAACGUAUAAAGAUGAUAAUCGUCUUUGCUGCAGUAGCAUUAAUCAAGACAAGGUGUGUGCCUUGGCUUGAUCAAAGGGGCAGCUCGUCUUUGUCUGGACAAACUAGUUCGACUUCUGGCAUACAACUAGAAUUUGUGAGGAUUAUCAUUGCAUUUUCAACUUGCUGUGCAUGCGCGCGCGUUGGUUGCAUAUUGCGGUGCGGUAUUUGUGGGGCAUCAGAUCAUUCUUUUUAGAUAGAGAUUGGGAGAAUUUGUUUUUUUGUUAGGGUUUACACAGGUCAAUCUAACUACAAUCGUUGUGGUUGCUAACUGCUGAAAUACUGGUGACAGAAUAUUUGCCUGUUAAUUUAGAAGCCACACUGAAAUUUCCUAUGGAGUACAACAGUUUUUGUUGGUUGAUCAGUUAACUACUUGAGUUGUAAAUUUGAUUUAUGCCAAUGCCUUCUAUUCAUAUUAUUUU